ACGGCCCAACCACGCAUGCGCCUCCCUAUCUUCGGACUAGCCCCCUACAGCUUCGGCUGCGCGCGCACCGCCCCUGCAGCAGUGCGCACGCGCGGCUGUGGCCCCGCCCCCCGCGCUCGGAGCCCGAGUCCGCGGGAAGAUGGCGGCGCCGCUCGUCCCUCUCUCCCAGCAGGCCCAGGGAUGACGCAUGACUGGCACACCUGGCCUUUCUUCUCUGGCGCUGCAGCAGCUGUGAAGUGCUCUCUUGCUCCCCGUGGGGCCUUCUCCAAGUUCAGGUCCAUGAUUCCGACUUCGAGAGGCUUGCUGCUGAGGACGUGUCUCCACAGGAUCCCCGGUGGAAAUCCGUUGUAUGAAUCUUACUAUAAGCAGGUAGACCCAGCCUACACUGGCCGAGUCGGGGCGAGCGAGGCCGCAUUGUUCCUGAAGAAGUCGGGGCUGUCGGAUGUCACCCUCGGGAAGAUUUGGGACCUGGCCGACCCGGAAGGUAAAGGGUUCUUGGACAAACAGACUUUUUAUGUCAGGGUCGUGUGCGGUGGUCCACACCUGUCAUCCCUGCUCCUCCAGAGACUGAGGCAGGAGGAUCAUGAGUCCAGCCUGGGGAACGUGGGCUUCUACGUGGCACUGAGGCUGGUGGCCUGUGCCCAGAGCGGCCACGAGGUCACGCUGAGCAACCUGAACCUGAGCAUGCCGCCACCCAAAUUCGUGAGUGCCAUCACCACACAGCAUGACACCAGCAGCCCCCUGAUGGUCACGCUGCCUUCUGCGGAGGCGCCCUGGGCAGUGCGGGUGGAGGAAAAAGCCAAAUUCGAUGGCAUUUUCGAAAGCCUGCUGCCCGUCAAGGGCUUGCUGUCUGGAGACAAGGUCAAGCCGGUCCUGAUGAACUCGAAGCUACCUCUCGAUGUCCUGGGCAGGGUCUGGGACCUCAGCGACAUUGACAAGGACGGGCACCUGGACCGAGACGAGUUCGCUGUGGCCAUGCACCUGGUGUACCGGGCCUUGGAGAAGGAGCCGGUGCCGUCCAUCCUGCCCCUGUCGCUCAUCCCGCUGUCCAAGCGCAAGAAGCCAGUGUUCCCUGGGGCUGUGCCCGUGCUGCCCGGCAGCCCCCCACCCAAGGACAGCCUGCGCUCCACACCGUCGCAUGGCAGCGUCAGCAGCCUCAACAGCACAGGCAGCCUGUCCCCCAAGCACAGCCUCAAGCAGGCGCAGCCAGCGGUGGCCUGGGUAGUGCCAGUGGCUGACAAGAUGCGCUUUGACGAGAUCUUCCUGAAGACCGACCUGGACCUGGAUGGCUACGUGAGUGGCCAGGAGGUGAAGGAGAUCUUCAUGCACUCGGGCCUCACGCAGAGCUUGCUGGCCCACAUCUGGGCCCUGGCAGACACGAGGCAGAUGGGGAAGCUGAGCAAGGACCAGUUUGCGCUUGCUAUGCACCUCAUUCAGCAGAAGGUCAGUAAGGGCGUCGACCCCCCGCAAGCGCUCUCGCCAGACAUGGUCCCGCCCUCGGAGCGAGGGACCCCAGUCCUGGACAGUGCGAGCUCCCUGGGGUCUGGCGAGUUCACUGGGGUGAAGGAGCUUGAUGACAUCAGCCAGGAGAUCGCCCAGCUGCAGAGAGAGAAGUACUCCCUGGAGCAGGACAUCAGAGAGAAGGAGGAGGCUAUCAGACAGAAGACCAGCGAGGUGCAGGAACUGCAGAACGACCUGGACCGGGAGACAAGCAGUCUGCAAGAGCUCGAGGCCCAGAAGCAGGAUGCCCAGGACCGGCUGGACGAGAUGGACCAGCAGAAGGCCAAGCUCCGGGACAUGCUGAGUGAUGUCCGGCAGAAGUGCCAGGACGAGACGCAGAUGAUCUCCUCGCUGAAGACCCAGAUCCAGUCGCAGGAGUCCGACCUGAAGUCACAGGAGGAUGACCUGAAUCGUGCCAAAUCGGAGCUGAGCCGGCUGCAGCAGGAGGAGACGCAGCUGGAGCAGAGCAUCCAGGCGGGGCGCGCACAGCUGGAGACCAUCCUCAAGUCCCUCCAGUCCACGGAGGAUGAGAUCAGCCAGGUGCCUGCACGCAGAGGACGUCGUCACACAGAUGGUGCUCUGCGCCCUCUGGGCUCUGCAGACGCGGAGCAAAUUGUCCCAGCUGCACGAGAGCCGGUUGGACGCGCGGCGCAGCCUGGAGCAGUACGAGAAGGCGCUGGACGGCGCGGGCCUGGCCGACUUGGCGGCCCUCAGCGAAGGUGUCGCCCUGGCCGAGAGGGGUGGCUUCGGAGCCAUGCAACAACACCCAGGACCUGCACCCGGACCCCUUCCAGGCUGAGGACCCUUUCAAGUCCGACCCCUUCAAAGGCGCUGACCCCUUCAAAGGUGACCCGUUCCAGAGCGACCCCUUCGCAGAGCAGCCGGCAGCAGCCCCAGAUCCCUUCGGAGGGGACCCUUUCAAAGAAAGCGACCCAUUCCGUGGCUCUGCCCCUGACGACUUCUUCAAAAAGCAGACAAAGAGUGACCCGUUUACCUCCGACCCCUUCACCAAGACCUCAUCCCUCCCUUCAAAGCUCGACCCCUUCGAGUCCAGCGACCCCUUCUCCUCCAGCGUCUCCUCGAGAGGAUCAGACCCCUUCGGAACCCUGGACCCCUUCGGGAGCUGGGCCUUCAGCAGUGCCGAGGGCUUCGCUGACUUCAGCCAGAUGUCCAAGGGAGCGCAGGCGCGCAGGCCCCGCCCAUGAGGCUCGUUCGCGCUCGGGACCUGCACGCCGACCCGAUCCUCCAGCCCUGCCGCCAGCUGCAUCUCACUGCGGGCGUGGGCACGGUCACCGGCUGGGCCGGAGACGUCGGCCGGUUCUGCUCUCCAGGGAGGUAGCCGGACCCUCAGGUGUAGGCCUGGGGAUGGGGUGACUGGUGGCUGUGGCUUGGUCCCCCCUUCCCACCCUGCCCCGGGGCCUCGGCUGUGGUUGGCACCCGGCUUUCGGAGAAGCGAGUGAGCUCUCGUUCUCCCACGGCCCACCCGCAGUGCGGCUGAGUAGCCUGCCCGGCUGUGCCCGGCUCUGAUGUCCUCAGCCACAGCAUGGCACCAGCUGAGGAAGGGUCCCCUUGCUGCUCCACCCUGGGAGCCGGUGGGGCCAAGCUGGGACAGGGACAAGAGCCUCCUGGGGGUGCCACAGGAGGACUGGACUCUGGAGGUCCAAGCGGGCUGAGGCGGCCCGGUGGGGGCGGAGACCCGCCCUGCCCGCCUCCUGCAGAAGCCUCCCCUGCCCCAGGCCUCCUGCCUGCUGGCUGCUCUCUGCCUGUUGUCCCCACGGGGCUCGCUGGUAACAGAGCUGCCCGCCUGCUUGUUGCCCCGGGCUCAGCCGGCGCAGAGCUGGGGCGGCUGGCGUCCCUCGGCCCUGGCCAGGACACUGCUGCCGCGCUGACUUUCAAGAACAACACGGGGUAUAAAUAAACGGAGGAAAUGAAAGUGCGCC